UAGCAUCAAAUCCGAUUCUCGUUUCGCUCGACUCGGAAGCGUUUGAUCGUUUCCCACAGUAGCAAAAUAGAUUUAUAGGUUUCAUGGAGGCCCAAGAGGAGCAAUUUACUCGACGAAUGCUACACCGAGCAAGCUUGAAAAAGGAUGACGACCAAGCAGCAAAUUUCGCUUCCUUGAGGAGAAGAUUGAGCAUUUUAAAAGCCAUCGAAGACAGCGAAUUACAAGACGGACGAAUAACGAACUCUGUAGCGAAAAAGACCACGAAAGAAGUUCAAAAAUCUCAAAAGGAAUUUAAAUCCCAAUUCGUCAAAAAUCGCACGGGAGCUGUGAAAAAAAAUCAUAUGUCGAACACCAAUUCCUGGAACAGGGUCCACACUCCAUUUAUAGAACCAAUUCAGUCUUCUCCGGUGAAAAGUCAAGAAUCUGAAGAGAAACUCACCCGCGAUCAAUAUGGUCAUCAAAGAAAUUCCAAAUUAUUUGAACCCAAGAAACAAGUAAGCUUAAUAAAGGAAACGAGAACUCAGGAAAGAAGACCAAUUCAGUUUGAAGAAUCUUGUCUUUUACAAUCAACAAUAGAUUCCAAUAAAGUUCCAAUACAAGAAAUGAUGCCGAACUUCCUUGAACAUAUGGAGAAUAACGAAGGUACUAAUUCUCCUAGUACUGUUGCUGCGUGGGAAUCCACUCUGGGGAACUGCAUCAAUACUUAUUCAGCAAAAAUCGAGUAUGGAAUCUCGAAAAUCUCAGAUAAAAAAGAAACUUAUUCGACUGACCACUCUUCCAACAACGCUGCUAGUAAUUCUUAUUAUCCACAGAAGUCUGAUUCGGGAGAUUUCAUUAUUCGCCAAUGUGAUUUAGCUUCACCAAUAAGUGACUUAACUUUCUUAAAACGUGAUCCACCUCUUCCAAAAGGAGACUUUAAAUUUCUUAAAACUGAUCUUCAUUUUCCUAGACCUUAUCGUCCGGCCGAAGCUAAAACUUUCAAACCACAACUAAAUGGUAGUUAUUCUUCAUACGUGACUGAAGCUUCUACCAACGAGAUGUCACUAUCAUCAUACAUGCAAGACGUGAAAGACUACGAAUGGAGGAAUCCCUCUGAAAUUUUUGACGACAAUAAUGAAGAGGCAAUAACGCCUCAAUUGCUGACAGUAGAGUACAAAACGAUUGCAGGUCCAGAAAAUGUUAUUGAGUUCGAAACCAUUGAUCCUGAUUCCAAUAUUAAGGAAUGCAGUCCUCAAUAUCAGACAUGCAAUCUGACAAAUGUCGAACAAACAGAAGAGACAGCAACGGAAUCAGGAUCGCUAUUUUCACUGUCAUCUGCUAUCCAAACUCUGGAUGAAGAAAUUGAAAAUCUCCAAUUGAAACCUGAGGCUGAAACUCUGGCAAAGGUGAUGGAAACUCCAAAAAAACUUUUCCCCUUGGUUGAUAUAGAAAAACCCUCGGGCUACACACCAAGAAAGUUGUUUCAAAAAGAAUCUGCAAAUGAGGAGAAAGAAAUUACAACGCCAGAAAAUUUGGAGAAAAUUGGAGCCAAUGAAAGUGGAUUAGGCGAAGUUAAAUCUAAUUUUUUGAGUAGGCAUGCCAAUAUAUUGCGAUUUAAGACUCCGAAGUCUUGGAGGCCUAAACCUAAUUUGGAAUCGACGAGAAAAGCUUCAAAUUUCGAUUUGACUAAGAAGACGAUUUCACCUUCUCAAAUUGAAAGUACUAUUUCUUCUAUAAAUCCAAAUACACCAACUAGUCCGGAAACAGAAGGGCAGAAGAGCCCAAGUAUUCUGGAAAACACCAUUCCUUUUGAGGUGGAACAGUUUUUGGAAGAUGCUUUGGGAGAAGAGUUGUACAAUUCUUCGAUCACUUAUGCUCAGUCGGAUAUGAGAGAUAGGACGAAUUCUAAUUUAAAUGCAAGUGAACUGAUGUCAGAAGAUAUAACACCACCUCGUCAGAAACAAGUUCCGAAAACACCAAAAAGUGAGCCAUCGAGACAUUCCACUUUAAACAGGACUAUCACUGCUUACAAGUCUAUGUCUCAAAGAAUUAAAAAGAAAUUUCGACCGAGUCUCAAAGAAACUGUCAAGCAAACAUGGAAUGCACACUUGCCUUUAAAUGUUCGACUAGAUGAGAGAUUGCAACGUCUUUUACAAGAAGUCAACAUCCAACAAACCCUCAUUUACCAAGCAAGCAAAGCCCUCGAUUUUUGUCGCACCAUGAAAGAAUUUACUGAUAGUCCUGAACAAGUAGAAUCCAAUCGUUUAAUUCUGGUUGCUAGUCUCCGAAAACAAGCCCUCUUCCAGGAAAUAAGAAGCUUAGCUACAAACACGACUAUAAAAUCAAAAAUUGAAUCUGCAGUCAGCGACCGUGCAGACAUCACUAUCAAAGACAUCAGUUUAUCCUUGAAAGAAGGAGUCCUAAGGCGAGAAAGACAAAGUGAAGAUGUUGUUGAGUGGUUCGUUGUUGUAAUAUCUCAGGGAUUGACUGUUUGGGCAACACAUGCCACAACUUGUCCAAUGAACAGUCCCAGGAUGUACUUUCCUGGCGGUCUUUCUAUUCCAAAAAUGAGUCCAGACUUCAAGAUCAAUCUUAAGGUUUACAGCUUGAAACUUCAUAAAGUAACAUUUAAUCAUGAAGAAAAAUACCAUAUUCAAAAGCAAGAAAAACAUAAGGUGUGUCCUUCACCAACAAAGCUGCUGAAGAGAACAGAGGGACCGCUUUCACCAAAGAGUCAUGAAGUCAAGUUUUCUGGAUUCAGGGACAGCUCCUUCGUAUUAAUGGGGGUUGUGGAUUUUAUACUUCAUGAUCUCAGCUUGUACUCACCUUGGCCUUUGAGAGCGGUACCAAAGGAUUCUAUAUUGCAUGGUACCGUUGAUUUGAGCCUGACAUGCAAGUUGCAUCUGAGUGUCGCACAUGCUGGAUUCCUCACGCAUGGUGACGAGGCUGGUGGUUUCGCAGUUUGGAAUCGAAGAUGGUGUGUUUUGGAAGGACAUACGCUGAUGUUCUGGAAUUAUCCUCGUGAGGAAGAGAUCAAAGCUCCUCUGCUGAUGAUCGAUUUAAUGGACUGUGUAUCAAAUCAGGUUAACACCAUAGACAGGACCCGUUGUGCAAAACCAAGGACUUUCGUUAUCGAGACUUCCAGGCAUAGAAAUGCAACGGACCGAGACAGUAUUGUCUUAGAAUGCAGACCAGCUUGUACAAUUAUUAGGCAUCUUUUACAAUGUGACACCACUCAUGACCUGAUCGAAUGGAUGACAAAGUUAAAUCGCAUCCUCUCAGCUUUGCGUGAAUGGAAUGUGAUUGGAACAGUACCUCAACCUCGAGAAUCUGAUUUAUAAAUAUUAUAAAUAUUAAUGACUUUUGUAUAUAAGCCUUUAAUUUUCAUUGUUUAAACGUCCCACGUUUAAUAUUUUUACAUUAUAAUCAAUUGCUUAUAUCUAAACCGGAAUUUCGAAGUGAGUUUUCAAAAACAUAUGACUCGGUAAUCUAAGCCGUAAUCUUUACAAUUUUCAUUCAAGCAUGUGUUGCAGAACGCAGGGUCAAAUAAAUUGAAACUUAUUUUUGACCAUUA